AAUGAAAUAACACCACAAACAAAGGGUAAACUUAAUAAAAAUUUCUAGGGAUAUCCAAUUGAUGAGCCUGUUUUAUAAGCUGUGAUGAGUGUAGCUUAAAUAUAAAACCUAUAUCCAAAAAUGGCUGAUUUCAAUAAAGCAAUUAAUCUUAAUUCAAUAUCAAAAAAAGCAAUAUUUUUGAUAUUGAGAAGUGCAAGUUUAGAUAAUAUUCAUAAAGGAAUGAAAUAUGGAGUAUGGACUAGGUAACAUAUUCAAAUAAAUUUUAUAGUACUCCAAAAUCAAAUGCAAGGAUUGAUGAGUUAUUUAAGGAAUCAGAGGAAGUUUACUUAAUUUAUUCAGUUGUAGGCACAAAAGCCUUUUAAGCUUGUGCUAAAUUACUUGGCCCUUUUGAUCCAACAGCUACAUUUCUUUAUUGGGAUGAACCUUUGAAAUGGUUUGGCUCAUUUUAAAUUAAAUGCGUAUUUGCAAUAUCUUAAAUUAGUUAUUCUUGAACGAGUUAAAAUAAAAAACACUCGAUGAAAAAUAACCAGCACAUCUAGGUUCAAUAGUUUUAACAGAACAAACCGAUUGUACUGAAAUUACAAAUGGAUUGGGAAUAUUUGUACUUUAAUGUUUUAAAGAUUAAUAAGAAGAUGAAACAAAUGUUAAUAUCUUGUUAUAAUAAUUUUAAAAUAUGGAUAGAAGAGAAGUAUAUUUAAAUAUUAAAAUAAGGAUUAAAUAAAAUAAUAAAGAGAUCUUGAUUAAAAUUUCUUAACCCAACAAUCUCAUGAGUAAUAAUUAUUUGAAAAAUCUCCAUUUGAAUACAAAAAUUAUCACAAGAGAUAAAAUUAACAUAGAUGGUAGACUAAAUAGGCUGAUCAAAUGAUGUACAUGCGAGGUAUUUAUUAAUCAUAUUAUUUUCUUAGCCUAUUAUUCUGCUAAUUAAUAAUAUGCAGGGUCACAGUAUUAAGGCUAAAAUUAAUAAAUGUAUAAGUAAUAUAUAUUUUGAUAUUAAAGAAAUGAUAAUAAACAAUAGUACAAUAAUUAUGAUUAUCAAUAAUAUUACUAUCCAUAAUAAUAAUAAUAAUAUCAAUAAAAUAAUAACUAAUACAAAUAUGGAUAUGAUUAAUAAUAAUAUAAUUAAAAUCCUAAUUAUUAAAGAUAACCAUAAAAAUAUUAAAAGAAAUAUUAUAAUAAUUAUCAAUAAAAUAAUUUCUAAUAAAAUAAUUAUCAUCAAAAUAAUUACUAAUAAAAUAAUUAUCAGUAAACUAAUAAUUAUUAAGCCAAUAACCAAAAAUAUUAAAAAUACAAUGAUGAAUAGACUGUAAAUAACUAAGACCAAUAGUUUUGA